UUUGAACUGGCACGUUAUACCUGGCAAAAGCAGAAAUUUUAUUAUCCGGCAGGGCAGUGGGAUCAGUUGAAAGCAACAUUCUAUUUCCGACGAACUUACGGUUAUUAUAUUUUACAGCUGUAUAUGCCAACGUACGCGUCCGUUUUCAUCAGCUGGAUAGCAUUUUGGCUGGAUCCGAAAUGUUUGCCGGGUAGGAUCACGCUUGGAGUAUCGUCUCUAAUGGCAUUGACUUUUCAGUAUGGUAAUGUAGCUCGUAGUUUGCCGAAAGUUUCGUAUGUGAAAGCACUGGAUGUUUGGAUAUUCGCCUGCAUGGGUUUCAUUUUUUUCUCGCUAGUAGAACUGGCUAUCGUUGGUCAUGUUGACAAAAUGGCUAAGAAGGAAACACGUUGGCUGGAUGACUUACCAGAAGAGCGCGAGAGGAAGAAGAGCCGGCCAGAUUAUUUUAGUCAGUUGAGGAUGGACAGCAGGUUAAAAACAAGAUUUUUUGAGUCAUUCGAAUUCAGUCGUGCCUGUUCUGCGGUUUUCUAUGUCGUAAAGGAAUUGAUGACUGUAACUUACUACAAAAACUGA